UUUCAUUUUGAGGUUAUUUCAGUUUUCAUAUCCCAAUUGAACUGAACAUUGAAAUUUCGAAAUAUAGAUCCCAAAAUAAGAAAAAUGUCACAUUAAGUAAUUUUGGCUGAUAAAUUUGAUAUUGGCAGGAAAGAUAAAACUCACACACAAAUACAAAAUGUUGAAGGUAUGCAAGAGAUUUUACAGUAGUCCAGUAACAGGGAAUUCGAACUGGCAGACUGUGAGCCAUAAGUUUAAUCAAAAAAUCAAAGGCACUUUCUUGGAAAAAUGGGCGAAGUUUUGGAAAACUGUCGCCAAAGACUAUAAAGAAGUUGCCAUAAAUGUGAAACAGGAUAUAAAACAGAAACCAUUAAAGGCUGCCGCAUACUUCAGUGCAUCUGCCUUUGUUGGAUUGUGCAUUCAAUUCAACCCAGAUUUGCAAAGUUUCAGAUCAAAAUAUGUCCAAUCAGCAAAUGAAGUAGGUUUGGUACCUCUUAGCCUAACAAAUCCACAAGCUGUAGAGCAUUUAAAUUACAUUGAAAGGUGUUUUAACCAACAGUUAAUUAGGUAUGUCAACCUAGGAAUAUUUUCAAUAAUAUGGGUGGAUAAAUUCAGUAAAGAGUGUGACACCUAUGAAAGUAAAUGCACAUACUUGCAAGUUCCUUACUGGGGUAUACCCAGCAGAAUAUUAGAUAUAGGAUUUUUAAAUGUAUGGUGGAUUACAUCUAGAAAAAUGUUGGAUUAUGACAUAAAUUAUUAGAUUGAUGAAAUAUAAAUAUUGGUUUGCCAGUCAAAAA